AGUCUCCAUUAUUCGGUGCUUUGACUACGUCUCUGCCUUUUGUUUUGUCUUUUGGUACUGUCAAUGCACUGUCAACCUCGCUCAAAGACUCCUGGGCCGUAGUUCUCCUGCAGCUGGACAGCUGGCCAGGGCGUCUCCCCCACAGACAGCUGGUGAUUGGCAGACAGCAGUCUUGCACCGACCAAGGAGACACUUGGAACGUGCGGACCCGCUUCUAUCUCAAGUGAAUAUCUAGCCUCGAGCCUGCCCUGCUUGGUUCCCAUUCAUCAAGCUCAACCAUCACUUUCACUGUCAUCUUCUAUCAAAAAGUCAUACUUUCAAACAUGGACCACUACAACCAAACAGCGGCCAGGCCUUAUGCCUCGCACGGCCAACCAAGGCUCGAGAUCCCUCAGCCUGAGCAGCAACUGCCAUCUAUUCGAGAGGUCAUCCCUCCUCCACGCGGGAACACUCUCGAAUCCCACGCUCAAGAGGUGCCAACCCACUCGAGGCCGAUGGCGGUGCCGUAUCUCAGCUCUCACCCCACGACGAGCAUGAAUGUGGCGAGCAUACCAGCUCCGGUGCAACCGCACUCCAGCCCCAUGGCCUAUCCCACCGACCCAACAAGCCAGAUGCAGAUGAAUGGACUUCCACCCUCUCUCCAACUGCAAACACCAGCACGAACGCCGGCAGAAUACAGCUCACCUUGGUCUACCUCGUCCACAUACACCGAUCCUGUUCCGAUGAGUGCUGGACCAACUCUCCCAACUCAACCCCAGCCCUACCCCAUCAGCCAGCCGAUGAUCCCCUCUGACACGCAAGAGAGCGUCUAUUCAUCUACAUAUUCCCUGAACCGACCAGCCCACGAGAGCCCAGACACCUACGGCCGAUGGAGGACACCAGAAGUUCAUGCGGCUCCCCGGUACAACCCAUACCUCAUGUCAGACAGAUCGUACAAUCAGCCCAUGGACUUCAACAGAUACGGGCAGUCCUAUGAACAAUAUCGGAGUCCACUGGGAUACGAUGGGGGAUACCGAUCCAUGGAUACCUCUCCCUACCAUAUGAAGUUCAGCCAACUAAUGUCCUACCCGAUCAUGGGCUAUCCAUCCCAUGGCAAUGGUCGACGACGCCGAGGCAACUUGCCGAAGCCCAUCACGGACAUUCUCCGCCUAUGGCUGCAAGAGCAUCUGGAUCAUCCUUAUCCCAGUGAUGAGCAGAAGCAAGUUUUCAUUCAACGGACAGGUCUGACAAUCAGUCAGAUUAGCAACUGGUUUAUCAACGCUCGCCGUCGGCAGCUGCCGGCCCUUAAACUCAAACGAGAGAGGUCCAAGGCCAUUCAAAGCCGGGCAUGAGGAGAUUCUUCCCACUUUAAAAGAUCAAGAUCUGCGCUACGUUUUUUCAACGACCGGAAUCAGGACUACAAGGCUUUCACGAUGGAACGGGUUUUUAUGAUGGAAUGAGUUGGUUGGAACGGGAAAGCAGACGCGCUUUCACUCCAACCCGGGGGUCAAGGCUACAAUGUACAAUUAUUCAGACAGGAUUGCGCUUGCUUUUGGCAUACUGCCAGACUUUUGACGAGUGACAUUUAUUCUCAUGGAAAAUAUUGAGAAUGGGCUCCACGCAUGAUGUUAUCAAGACUUUUUCUACCAGCGGAUGAAGACGGCGGGCACAACAGAACAGAACAUGGCCGCAACGUGGAGGAGGAUUUACGUAUGGAAUGAAAACUUGGCCAUCUAUCUGGAUGUCGGUAUGGCACAUUACUAGUAUUAGUCACUUGUACAACAAACAACACACAGGAAACAACGAAUGAAUAUUACGCGAGA